AUGGAUCUCCUGAGACGAUCUGGACUCUGUUUUCUGUUUCUAUGUCUCAGCCAAAACAUUUCUCUUGGGUGUAAAUGGAUUCAGAACGGCGAGUACAAACACAAGAGCAGCUUUUCCCUGACACUGCUGAAAGACAUGGGAGAAAAAGAUAUGUCAGAAGAUGUGAAUAUAAGCAUCCCAGAAGAGCUUUAUAAACUGCACAGCAAAUCAGAGAUUGACAACAAAAUUUCGAUUCUACAUACAGCGUUAGGACAGAUCCUGAAGUUUUACAAAAAGAGCGAAAAGAGGACCACUUGGGACAAGGACCAACUGAAUCAAUUUAUGAGCCUUCUCCAUCGACAAAAGUUGGAGCUUAAUCAUUGUAAGACAAAGGGAGGCUGCGUAGGAUGCAAAGAACUGAAGCAAUAUUUCAAGAAUUUGAAACGUUUUUUGAGAAGCCAGAAAAACUCAGCCCUUGCCUGGGAGAUAAUCAGAAAAAAAGUCAUGGACAAUUUGAUAAGAAUGGAGCUGCUGGCCUCGCAUAUAAAGAAUCCACCCGCUAUAUGA